AUGGCAUACCAAAAAAUGAUGUUUGUGGCAAUGUUGCUCUGCCUCUCCAUGCGGACUCUAGCAGAGGAUCCCUACCUCUUCUUCGAGUGGAACGUCUCGUACGGGAACAUCUCCCCCCUCGGCGUCCCCCAACAGGGUAUCCUCAUCAACGGCCAGUUCCCCGGCCCUAAGAUCAACUGCACCUCAAACAACAACAUAGUCGUCAACGUGUUCAACCACCUGGACGAGCCCUUCCUCCUCACAUGGGCCGGCAUUCAGCACCGCAAAAACUCCUGGCAGGACGGAACCCUGGGCACCAUGUGCCCCAUCAUGCCCGGAACAAACUACACCUACAAGUUCCAGGUCAAGGACCAAAUCGGGAGCUACUUCUAUUACCCGACCACCGCCCUCCACCGCGCGGCCGGCGGCAUGGGCAUCCUUCAGGUCCACAGCCGCGACCUCAUCCCCGUCCCCUUCGACUGGCCGGCCGACGAGUUCGCCGUCCUCCUCGGCGACUGGUAUAACCGCGGCCACAAGGCCUUAAAACGCAUCCUCGACGGAGGCAACAGCAUCGGCCUCCCCGACGGCAUUCACAUCAAUGGAAAAUCAUCCAGAGUCGGCGACGCCGCUUCAGAGCCCCUCGCUGUCGUCCAGCCUGGCAAGACCUACCGCUUCCGCGUCUGCAACGUCGGUCUCAAGGCCUCGGUCAACUUCCGCCUCCAAGGCCACACGUUAAAGCUCGUCGAGAUGGAAGGCUCCCACACGGUGCAGAACUUGUACGACUCCCUCGACCUCCACGUCGGCCAGUGCAUGUCCGUCCUCGUCACCGCCGACCAGUCACCCAAGGACUACUACUUCGUCGCCUCGGGUCGCUUCCUCAAGAGACCGCUCGUCUCCGUGAGCAUCGUCCGGUAUGCUAACGGCAAGGGAGUCCCCGCCUCGCCCGCACUUCCCCUGGCACCGCCCGAGGGCACGCCUGGCAUCGCCUGGUCCGUUAACCAAUUCCGAUCGUUCAGGUGGAAUCUCACCGCCAGCGCCGCGCGGCCCAACCCGCAGGGCUCGUACCACUACGGGAAGAUCAACAUCACGCGGACCAUCAAGAUCGCCAACUCCCGAGCGCAGGUCGACGGGAAGCUCCGCUUUGCCAUCAACGGGGUGUCGCACGUCGACGGCGAGACGCCUCUCAAGCUAGUCGAGUACUUUGGGCUGGCGAAAAAGGUGUUUGAGUACGGGCUGGUGAAGGACGAGGCGGUGGAGAACGCGGGUCGGGUGGUCGUGGCGCCCAGCGUGACGAACGCGACCUUCCGGAACUUUGUCGAGAUUGUUUUCGAGAACAGGGAGAACACGAUCCAGACGUGGCACUUGGACGGGUACUCGUUCUUCGCGGUGGCGAUCGAGCCGGGGAGGUGGGGCCCGGAGAAGAGAAAGAAUUAUAAUCUGUUGGAUGCUGUGAGCAGGCAUACCAUCCACGUGUACCCGCAGUCGUGGGCGGCAGUGAUGACCACGUUGGACAAUGCGGGGAUGUGGAAUCUGAGGUCGGACAUGGGUGAGAGGUCGUACCUGGGGCAGCAGAUGUAUGUGAGCGUGUUGUCGCCCAACCUCUCGUUGAGGGAUGAGUACAACCUGCCCCCAACACAGCAGCUCUGCGGUAUUGUCAAGGGCUUGCCUGACCCGGCUCCAUACGUGUAA